GUGACAUCUCUCCCGCUACUCCCCCAGCAACUCCCUCUCGAGCAUGCCCAGUCCCAGCCCCGACUUGGGCUCAAGUCUCGGUGCAGUAACGGGGCUGCACAUAUGGGACUAUGAAUGUGAUUCCCCAUGAGCUCCAACUCUUUGUCUUGGCGAGGAGGAGGAGGAGGAGGAGGUCGCGCCCGGAGCUGGAGGAACGUCCCCGUGUCCCCUGAGACCCUCGCCCAUCGGGGGGCUUGUGCAGAAUGCUCUCGUGUUUGGCCAGGGGGAAUUUACUGGAUAUUCUUCAGGAGGGCUUCACGGAGCAACAGCUCCAGGCAUACGUGGCCUGGGUGAAUUCCCAGCUGAAGAAGAAGCCAGCAAUAAAGCCAGUGCAAGACCUGAGACAAGAUCUCCGGGAUGGAGUCAUUCUUGCUUUGCUAAUUGAGAUUGUAGCUGGUGAGAAGUUGAAUGGUAUCCAGGUAAACCCCACCAGCCAGCAGCAGAUGAGGGCAAAUGUGGAUAAAGUCUUACAGUUUGUGGCAUCAAAAAAGAUUCGCAUGCAUCAGACCUCAGCAAAAGACAUCGUUGACGGGAACUUGAAAUCCAUCAUGAGGCUGAUCCUGGCCCUGGCUGCUCACUUCAAACCAGGUUCUGGGAGAGCCACGAAUCACAGCUCUGCUGUGGGGAAGGGUUUGUCAGGGUCCUCUGCCAGCCCCAGACCUCGCUCAGCUGCUGCAGUGGCCCAGGGAGCAGUGGCUGCCUUGGCAGAUGUCCGGCAGGAUGUGCUGCACUCCGGCAGGGAACUUCUCCGGCACAGGCAGAGAAAUAGCUCCAUGGAUGAGGAGAUUGAAAAUCCCUAUUGGAGUGUCCGGGCACUGGUGCAGCAGUAUGAAGGGCAGCAGAACAUCCCAGUGGAGUCCCACUCUUCCAGUCUGGCAUCUCCCAGUCCUAUCCAUAGUGCAAAGAGUGAAUCCACUGUAGCUCCCUCAGAGGAAAAGGACCAACUUGUGAUCAUCCACCCUGAGGAAGCAGAAACUAAGACAGAAGAGCCAGAACCUCACUUCCAGCCUGAGUGGCAGGCAGGGAACCCUGGCUCAUACUUGGAGAAUUCAUGGGAGGAACAGCUUUUGGAACAACAGGACCAUUUGGAGAAGGAAAUGGAGGAAGCCAAGAAGAUGAUUUCAGGUUUGCAGGCUCUGCUGCUCAGUGGGUCUUUGCCUGAGGAUGAGCAGGAAGGGUCCUUUGAACUUAGUGAGCAUGGAGCCUGCCCUGAAGAGCAGCUGGUCAUCAUCCGAAGUCGUCUGGACCAGACUAUGGAAGAAAAUCAAGACCUAAAGAAGGAGCUGUUGAAAUACAAACAAGAAGCUCGAAACCUCCAAGGAAUAAAGGAUGCUUUGCAGCAAAGGCUGAUGCAGCAGGAUGCUUCAGUUCUUCAGCUGAAGCAGGAACUGUUGAGAGCAAACAUGGACAAGGAGGAAUUGCACAAUCAGAACGUUGACCUUCAGAGGAAGGUUGAAGAGAGGAAUCAGCUCCUGGCAGAAUACAAAAAAGAGCUGGGACAGAAGGAUUGGCACUUGCAGCAGCAUCAGAGCAAGCUGGAUGAAAUGCUUCGGCAGCUCUCUGAGGCCAGUUACCAGCAGGUGGAUUUGGAGCGGGAGCUGGAGCACAAGGAGGCCCUGCUAGCUCACUGCAUGAAGAGAGAGGCUGAAGAGGUGAUGGUUUACAGUGGCCAUAGUGCUCAGAGCAAUGGGUUUCUCCAGACAGCAGGAAAAGGAGCUGCUCCCACAGCCCACCGAGGGCCCAAUGAUUUGCAGCUGGUCCGUGAUGCCCUUCGCAGCCUCAGGAACAGUUUCAGUGGCCACGAUCCCCAGCACCACACCAUUGACAGCCUGGAGCAGGGCAUCUCCAGCCUGAUGGAACGGCUGUACCACGUGGAAACACAGAAGAGGCAAGAGAGAAGGAUCCGAGGGAAGUCACCAGCAAGCAGAGUAAUAAAUGAGUGCAGAGACUCCUGGCCUCCCAAAUCCAAGCUGCCUCACUCCCACAGCACACCCGUGAUGAACACCAGUGCCUGCACCAAAGUGUUGUACUUCACUGACAGGUCCCUCACACCCUUCAUGGUCAACAUACCAAAGAGGUUAGGGGAAGUGACUCUGAAGGAUUUUAAGGCUGCCAUUGACCGUGAAGGGACCCAUCGGUACCACUUCAAAGCCCUGGAUCCAGAGUUUGGCACAGUCAAGGAGGAGGUGUUCCAUGAUGAUGACAUCAUUCCUGGCUGGGAGGGGAAAAUUGUGGCCUGGGUGGAAGAAGACCAUGGGGAGAAUUAAUCAAGCUCCUAGGUGUUGUCACUAUGGAAACUUGUAACUGGCUGCUGAGCUCAAAGAAUGACCAAAAAGCAUUUGUGCUGAAGGAGUCCCAUUCAAGCUGCCAAAAAAGAGGCUUCUCUGCCAACCAGGGGAAUGCAUGGGGUGUGCAUGGAUGGCUGGUGUCUGACUUUCCAUGGCCAAAACCAGACAGUGUUCUGAGACUGGAGAUGGGUCAGAGGGAGAGAAACCCCUUGCUCUGUCCUGUCAAUUAAACCUUCAAGGCCUUAAUGAGGAAUUGCUCCCUUCCCCUGCUUCUCCAUUCCUGCAAUACGUGCUGCAGACUGAUCUGGGCAUUUCAAGUCUGGUUUCUUGUACGUGGUAUUUACAUAAAUCUGCACUGAUAGCACAAAGGUGAAGCUUUGCCUCUGAAGUCAGAAGAAGCUGAAGCUUUGACCAGCUUUGGUCCUGGACUUACACGUGCUGCAGGAGCAGGGAACUUUCUGGAUGUCCCAGACUGACAGUAUAGAACUCUGAGCUGGGGAGGGAAAACAAAUCUCCUGGAGGUUUUAUAGAUGGUCUAAAGCAAAGACCACAAGCUUGGCAAAGCUCCCAUUUCUUCUAAACCCCAUUUCCUAUCUCUGCUUUUCCCACUUGCUAUCCAAAGCUGAGCUCACAUCCCAGCCCCUCUGGGUUUGCUUGGUUGCUGUGGGGAUGGGAGGACCUUGGUGCUUCUUUAUUCCUGAAGGGAUUGCACUUGGAAGGGGGCUGGAACCAGCUGGAGUUCUUACAACCUCUCUCCUUGCUGAGCAUCUCUCCCUGCCCUCUCCUUUUUUCCAGCAAGACAGUUUGUCACCUCCUCUGCAGAGGCAUCCCUGGGUGCUGAUGUCCUCUCCAACACUGACCACCCCCAGCAGGAUCAACUCCAUCAGCCACAUCACCAGUUCCCUGGAAUGCCUGCUCCUGGGGUGCCUGAAGGAUCAGGAAAUAAAUGGCUGCUUGGGAAUGACCCCUACCAGCCCUGAGGGUGGGGUUUCCUUUUUGUUCUACCCAGAAGUUCAAAUGGCAGCUCAGGUUUUGGCUCAUUCCUGAUCGAUGUGGCCCUUCCAUGGGCUGAGCUGUGCUGGGCAUGAGGCUGGGAGAGGGAGAACCUGGUUUUACUGUUUUAUAUUAACAUGUCCUUUUCUAAACAUGUUCCUGUUCUUGGAAUGAUUUUGUACCAGUUUACAUUUGUCUGAGGACUGUGGGUAUUUUUAUACUAGUGCAAGUGCUUUCUGUAUAUUUCUGCACGCAUGAUACUGUGUUUUAUUCAUUUUCUAGUGGAUGCUGCAAUGUUUUGUAUUGUCUCCUGCUAACCCAACACUGGGCUCAUUAUUUUACUAUGGAAAUCCAGCUCGUUUCUAUUGGGUUUUAUAUUUUUGCCAGCUUUAAUAGGCAGCAGCAAUACUAUUUUCUCACUGCUCUGCUGUCUAGGAAGUAACUUAAGGCUCUUACAUGGUUCUGUACCACAGUGGCACAACACAAGAUGCCUCUCAUUCUGGACACUUUGUUCUGGUGACUUUCUCCUUACAGACAGCAGUAGGAGAGUUCAUGAACUGAACAAAUUUAUCAGUGGGCUGCAAGGUGGGGAAUAACUCUUCUUUUGGAAAAGAAAAAAAUACUUUCUUCUUCCCUGGAAAUAGUUUUUUUCUGUUGCAUGGUUGGUAAAGAGAGCAUGGGGUUGUUGUACUGAAAUCCUUUGUAUUUGAACUGCAAAUUUUCCUCAAGUGUUUCUUCAGGUUUUACUCAUCAAUUUUAUUCCAGCAAGAGCUGCCCUAGAGUUUUCUGGAGAAAAUGAGUUCUCCAGGUCUGUAAUUACCAGUUCCAUACCCCUCUGAGCAGCUUGGAGUGCUGAAGACAGGAGGCAGAGAGAGAUCAGAGCUUCUGACAGAGAAGUCCUCAGUUCAGCCUUGUUUUCUCAUGCAGAAAAUAAUUUCCUGAUACAGGACACAGCCUCCUCUUGUCCUGAGGUUGGUUUCCUAACCAUGGUCACACUUAAAAUGUUCACUGCCACCAGAAAGCCAAGGACUGAACCCCAGCAUGGAAAUGUACCUUCCCUUCAUGCUGACAUCACUUGUAAGAAAAAGAUGUGUCCUGAAACAGAGCCAUGGAUAGGAAUGCUCUGUUCUUGGGAUUCCUGUCUGCAGCUCCCCUCUGGGAUUUGGGAUUUCUGGCACUGGAACUGCAGGACUGCUGUGGGUUCAGCUUUAUUCUGUAUUGGCACUGCAGCCUUCUUCAGACUUUUUACCUUUGCCUGGUAGACAGAAAGGUAUCUGGAAGGGAGCUAGAGAGUAUCAGGCUUGGGAAUUAGGUAUCAGAUGGAAAAAACCAUUGGUCUGGUCUUUUUAAUAAAAGCAGAAGAUGGUGGUGUUAAAUCAGAAGGUUUGGCACUGCCACAGUACUGACUUCUGUGGGUUUAUUCUUAGGGGAUGUGCUCUUAACAUUAUACCCAGGACUUGCAUUUUUCACUCUUCUGAAUGUUUAUUUCUGCCCAAAUUUCUUCGGAGUUGCUUUCCAAUCCCUGUAACUGUACCUUGCCUACGUAGCACACGUGCUCUGUGUAAAUUUCUGUUUUCAUAGAAACCAAUGUUUGCAUUUAUCCCUUUGGUCAGGUACCCUCAAUCCUGUUCUGGAGGGAAAUGAAGCUUUAUGUGUACACCCAAGCCAGCCCCAUGCCUGGCCAGCUCAGCCUUAGCAGACCAAGCAGCUUCCAUAAUAAAACGGGGUUUGCAAA